ACAGGCUGAAAAGUUAGCGGAAGUGUCCUUCUUUCCUUUCUGCUGGAUUCCGGAUGCUUGCUGCCGAAAUGGGCAAGUUCAUGAAAACCGGGAAAGUGGUGCUGGUCCUGGCUGGGCGCUACUCCGGACACAAAGCCGUCAUCAUGAAGAACAUCCAUGAUGGCACCUUAGACCGCCCUUAUAGCCAUGCCCUGGUGGCUGAUGGCACCUCAGACCACCCUUACAGCCAUGCCCUGGUGGCCAGGAUUGACUGCUAUCCCCGAAAAGUGACAGCUGCCAUGGGCAAGAAGAAAAUCGCCAAGAGGUCAAAGAUCAAGUCCUUUGUGAAAGUUUAUAACUACAAUCACCUCAUGCCCACCAGGUACUCUGUGGAUAUCCCCUUGAACAAGAGUGUUGUCAACAAGGAUGUCUUUAGAGACCCAACCCUGAAACGCAAGGCCAGGCGGGAGGCCAAGGUCAAGCUUGAGGAACGAUACAAGACAGGGAAAAACAAAUGGUUUUUCCAGAAGCUUCAGUUUUAG